CCGGAGGAGGAGGAGGAUGAACUUAAGAUGGCAGCGCAGCCCGGGCUGUUACCUGGCCGACCUCGAGAAAAAUACAAGGAAUAAAUAAACAAACAAACAACAAAACACAGGACGUCAGCUCAGGCGUUUUAUAGAAUUCAGUGUCAGGAAAUGAAUCCUCGGUUUGGCCUCAGACGCUGUUUUGUACAAGUCAGGUUUUAAUCUGACAGAAAGAGAAAGAAGCAGCUUAUUUCGCAGUUGCACCAGCGCCGACAUUAUUACUGGACUGGAGAUACUGGAUCUAGCAACCAACCGCUCUUGUGCAUUUCCGUGACGGAUAUCUGUCUAUCUAUAGAUAUAUAUAUGGGGGGAAAGCCCAUAUAUAUACAUCCAGCGUGUGCUUUACGACGGGUUGAAGUCCCUAUUGAUCGCCAGCUAGUGACAUACUGAUGUAAUAUAUGCAUUGUUCCCCAAAACGAUGAUGUGCGCUGCUGCUGCGGCAGCUGGAGCCGGCGGCGGGAUUCUGUCUUCAUCCCCGUCCAUGGGACUGGGUGUGAGGGUUUUACCCGGACCCGGGGCCGAGUUUAAUUCUACCGGACCCGGAAUGAGCUCCUGUUCCACCUCAGGGUCCCAGCCGGACUGUCGGAGCCGGUACCAACUGCUCCUAUCGGGUCGAGCUUUAGCCGAGAAGUACAGGAAGAUCUACACAAGCGCUGUCAGCGAUAAAGAACAAGGCAUAAAUCUCGGAAGGGGUAAGAAGGCUUUGACUAAGAAGAAACUGAAAAGGCGGCAAAAAAUCAGAUCAAAAGUCAAAACAAGAACAAAGACAGAGAAUCUGGAUGGGGCCUUCCCAGUCCCAGACAUCAAGCUUCACAGUAAUCCAUCUGCGUUUAAUGUGUACUGUAAUGUUCGGCGGUGUGUACUGGACUGGCAGCAGAAGGAGACCUCCCUGGCCCUGGCUUCCCGGAACUCUGUGCAGAGUGGUGACUCAGACAGUGAGGAGGAGGAGGAGUACCGUGAACCUGCUGUCAAACUACCCAAGAUCAUUGGCAUUGGACUGUGCGGAGUGUUUGAGCUUAUUAAGGAGACGCGGUUUUCACACCCCUCACUUUGUCUGAGGAGCCUGCAAGCGCUCCUGGACAUGCUACAGGGACAACAGCCUGAGAGCUUCCAGACAGAACCUCCAGAUGUGCUGGAAUCUCUCUUCCACCUGCUGCUGGAGACCACGGUGCGGAGUACAGGAAUGAAUGACCCUACUGGUCAGGCACUGACCGCUCUAUCCUGUGCCUGCUUGUUCAGCUUGGUGGUGGCCUGGGGAGACACUGGGAAAACCCUACAGGCUGUAUCUGCUAUCCUCACCAAUAAUGGCAGCCAUGCCUGCCAGACUAUCCAGGUACCAACGAUCCUGAAUGCUCUACAAAGGAGUGUACAAGCAGUGUUAGUAGGGAAGGUUCAGAUUCAGGACUGGUUUGGGAAUGGCAUCAAGCGAGCAGCACUGAUGAACAAGUGGAUUCUGAAAGAGGUGAGCAUUGAUGAGGAUGAGCACUGCCUGCUCCAAACCGAUGGAUCCUUCCUUUAUCUUCUUUGUAAGGACGGUCUCUACAAAAUCGGCUCAGGGUACAGUGGCACUGUCCGGGGCCAUGUGUAUAGCUCUACAUCUCGCAUCAGGAACCGAAAGGAAAAGAGAUCAUGGUUGGGAUUUGCUCAGGGCUCUCUGUUAUAUCGGGAUAUGAACAGUCACAGCAUGGCAGCCAUCAAGAUCAAUCCAGAGACUUUGGAGCAGGAGGGCACUAUUGCAAUGCCUGGUCUUCAAGCAGAAGGACAGAACAUCAUAUUCACUGAUGGAGAAUACAUCAACCAGAUAGCAGCCUGCAAGGAUGAUGGCUUUGUGGUGCGAAUCUAUGCCACGAGUACGGACCCUGCCUUGCAGCAAGAGUUGCAGCUCAAGCUGGCUAGAAAGUGUCUCCAUGCCUGUGGCAUCUCGCUUUUCGAUUUGGAAAAAGACCUGCAUAUAAUCAGCACAGGGUUUGAUGAAGAAGCAGCACUGCUUGGAGCCGGUAGAGAGUUUGCUUUGAUGAAAACAGCUUCUGGGAAGAUCUACUACACUGGAAAGUAUCAAAGUCUCGGGAUUAAGCAGGGUGGGCCAUCAGCUGGGAAAUGGGUGGAACUGCCCAUUACAAAAUCGCCUAAGAUUGUACAGUUUUCAGUGGGCCAUGAUGGCUCCCAUGCCCUCUUGGUGGCUGAAGAUGGCAGUGUCUUCUUCACUGGAUCUGCCAGUAAAGGAGAAGAUGGAGAGUCAACAAAGAGUCGGAGACAGCCAAAGCCCUACAAGCCUAAGAAGAUAAUCAAGCUGGAGACAAAGACAGCGGUAUACACAGCCUGCAACAACGGCAGCAGUAGCAUAAUAACUAAGGAUGGAGAACUCUAUAUGUUUGGCAAGGAUGCCAUUUAUAGUGACAGCACCUGUCAGGUAUCAGAUCUGAAGGGGCACUUUGUUACUCAGGUAGCCAUGGGUAAAGCCCAUACAUGUGUACUGACUAAAACUGGAGAAGUGUGGACGUUUGGAGUAAACAACAAGGGCCAAUGCGGCCGAGACACAGGAGCCAUGAGUCAGGGAGGGAAAGCUUUUGGAGUAGAGAACAUGGCUACAGCAAUGGAUGAAGAUUUGGAAGACGAGCUAGAUGAGAAGGAGGAAAAGUCUAUGAUGUGCCAGCCAGGCAUGCACAAGUGGAAGCUGGACCAGUGUAUGGUUUGCACUGUAUGUGGGGACUGCACUGGAUAUGGAGCUAGCUGUGUGAGCAGUGGAAGACCAGACCGAGUGCCUGGAGGAAUUUGUGGUUGUGGUUCUGGUGAGUCGGGCUGCUCGUCGUGUGGUUGCUGCAAGGCUUGUGCUCGUGAGCUGGAUGGCCAAGAGGCCAGGCAGAGGGGAAUCUUUGAUGCUGUGAAGGAGAUGAUCCCACUAGACCUGCUGUUAGCUGUGCCUGUCCCUCCCCCUCCAGGCGUUAAUAUAGAGGAACACAUCCAGAUCCGACAGGAAGAGAAGAGACAGCGCAUCAAUCGGCGCCACAGGCUAGAAGAAGGCAGAGGCCCCCUUGUAUUCCCUGGUCCCCUUUUUAUGAACCAGCGUGAGCAGGCCCUAGCCAGGCUCAGACCCAUUCAAGCCUUUAAGCUAAUGCGGGACAAACUCAAAGAUGGUAGCAGUGAGCGUGGGGACAAAGAUGCAAGUAAGAUCACUACCUAUCCUCCGGGAGCAGUGCGCUUUGACUGUGAGCUCCGUGCGGUGCAGGUCAGCUGUGGCUUCCACCACUCUGUUGUAUUAAUGGAGAAUGGGGAUGUGUACACAUUUGGCUAUGGGCAGCAUGGACAGCUUGGACAUGGAGAUGUAAAUUCUAGGGGGUCUCCCACUUUAGUACAAGCUCUCCCCGGCCCCAGUGUUCAGGUUACAGCGGGCAGUAACCACACUGCAGUGCUCCUCAUGGAUGGACAGGUCUUCACUUUUGGGAGCUUCUCGAAGGGACAGCUUGGCCGGCCCAUUGUUGAUAUGCCUUACUGGAAUGCUAAACCUUCACCCAUGCCCAACAUCGGAGCCAAGUAUGGUCGCAAAGCCACAUGGAUUGGUGCCAGUGGAGACCAGACCUUUCUGAGGAUUGAUGAAGCACUAAUCAACUCCCAUGUCUUGGCCACCUCAGAGAUCUUUGCCAGCAAACACAUCAUUGGUUUGGUUCCUACCUCUGUAUCUGAGCCACCUCCCUUCAAAUGCCUGCUGAUCAACAAAAUGGAUGGAAGCUGCCGGACUUUCAAUGACUCCGAGCAGGAAGAUCUUCAAGGCUUUGGCCUCUGCCUAGACCCUGUAUAUGAUGUCAUCUGGAGGUUCCUGCCCAGCACACGAGAGAUGUGGUGUUAUAAUGCUGUAAUUGCAGACGCCCGCAUGCCUACAGCCACGGACAUCCAGUCACGUUGCAGCAUCCUGAGCCCAGAGUUGGCAUUACCCUCAGGAUCCCACGCUGCUACCACACGCUCCCAUGGAGCCCUUCACGUCCUAGGUUGUUUGGAUACACUGGCAGCCAUGCAGGAGCUGAAAAUGGGUGUGGCUAGUGCUGAAGAGGAGACCCAGGCAGUGAUGAAAGUUUAUUCAAAGGAGGAUUAUAGUGUGGUCAACCGCUUUGAGAGUCAUGGUGGAGGCUGGGGUUACUCUGCCCAUUCUGUAGAGGCCAUUCGCUUCUGUGCGGAUGCCGACAUCCUGCUGGGUGGUCUGGGGCUAUUUGGAGGACGUGGAGAAUAUACAGCUAAAAUUAAGCUGUUUGAGCUGGGACCAGAUGGAGGUGAUCAUGAGACAGAUGGAGACCUAUUGGCUGAGACAGAUGUUCUGGCCUAUGAUUGUGCUGCUAGGGAAAAGUAUGCCAUGAUGUUUGAUGAGCCAGUAUUGCUUCAGCUGGGCUGGUGGUAUGUGGCCUGGGCAAGGGUGUCAGGACCCAGCAGUGACUGUGGUUCACAUGGGCAGGCAACUAUAACCACUGAUGAUGGUGUGGUGUUUCAGUUUAAGAGCUCCAAGAAAUCAAACAAUGGUACUGAUGUGAAUGCUGGUCAGAUACCUCAGUUGUUAUACAGGUUACCAUCUAAUGACGGUAAUGCAUCAAAAGGAAAACAGCAGACCAGUGAACCAGUUCACAUUUUGAAGCGCUCUUUUGCUAGGACUGUUUCAGUGGAAUGUUUUGAGUCUCUGCUGAGUAUUCUUCACUGGAGUUGGACCACUCUAGUGCUGGGGGUGGAGGAGCUGAGAGGACUAAAAGGUUUUCAAUACACUGCCACCUUACUGGACCUGGAGCGGCUGCGCUUUGUGGGAACCUGCUGUCUCCGCCUGCUUCGUGUCUAUAUUUGUGAAAUCUACCCAAUGUCUGCCAGCACCAAAGUAGUUGUUGAAGAGUCGAGCAAGUUGGCAGAGUGCGUGGGUAAGACACGCAGCCUGCUGAAGAAGAUUCUUUCAGAGGGCAUGGACAACUGUCUGACCAAGUUGGACAACGAUCCUCAGGGCUACCUUAGCCAGCCCCUUACCUUGCUUGAAGCAGUGCUGCAGGAAUGCCACAACACCUUCACAGCCUGUUUCCAUUCCUUUUACCCUACUCCUGCCUUGCAGUGGGCCUGUCUCUGUGACCUGCUUAACUGCCUUGACCAGGACAUCCAAGAAGCAAACUUCCGCACCUCAAGCAGUCGUCUGCUGGCUGCUGUAAUGUCUGCACUGUGUAACACAUCAGUCAAGCUGACCUCAAUCCUGCCUAUUGCGUAUGAUGGGGAGGUGCUGCUGCGCUCACUUGUCAAGCAGGUCAGCACUGAGAACGACUCAGCCCUUGCCCACCGCUUCCCCCUGCUGGUGGCACACAUGGAGAAACUCAGUCAUACGGAAGAGAACCUUAUGGGGAUGACAAGUUUCCGGGAAGUUCUGGAAAAAAUGCUGGUGAUAGUGGUACUACCAGUGAGAAAGAGUCUGAGGAAAGAGAUGGAGCUUUUCUCCCCUCAUUUGGUAUCCAACACUUGUGGCCUUCUGGCUAGCAUCGUCAGCGAGCUCACUGCCUCUGCACUUGGCUCUGAGGUGGAUGGGCUGAACUCUCUCCACUCCGUGAAGUCCACUCCCAGUCGUUUCACUAAGACCAGUCAAGGCCGCAGCUGGAACACAGGCAAUGGCUCCCCUGAUGCCAUCUGCUUUAGUGUAGACAAGCCAGGUGUGGUGCUGGUGGGCUUCUGCGUCUAUGGGGGAGGAGGCAUCCAUGAAUACGAACUGGAGGUUCUUGCAGAUGAUGCACAGACAGAGCACCACGGAGACUCGGCACAUUCCCACAGAUGGACAUCUUUGGAGCUGGUUAAAGGCACCUACAGCACUGAUGAUAGCCCUAGUGACAUUGCUGAGAUUCGACUGGACAAAGCUGUGCCUCUGAAGGAAAAUGUGAAAUAUGCGGUCCGUCUGCGCAACUAUGGCAGUCGCACAGCUAAUGGAGAUGGAGGGAUGACCACGGUGCAGUGUUCUGACGGCGUGACCUUCACCUUCAGUACCUGUAGUCUCAGUAGUAAUGGCACCAACCAGACUAGAGGCCAGAUUCCUCAGGUUCUCUACUACAGAAGUGAAUAUGAUGGAGAUUUGCAGUCCCAGCUGCUAAGCAAAGCCAAUGAGGAGGAUAAAAACUGUAGCCGCGCUCUCUCGGUGGUUAGUGCUGUGGUACGGGCAGCUAAGGACCUCCUGCACAGAGCUUUUGCUGUGGAUGCUGAGGACAUUCCAGAGUUGCUGAGCUCAUCCAGUCUUUUUUCCAUGCUGCUUCCCCUUAUUCUGGCCUACAUUGGCCCAGUGGCUGCCUCUGUACCAAAGGCUGCUGUGGAGGUGUUUGGUUUGGUACAGGAACUUCUCCCUGCUGUGUCUGCACUGAAUCAGAAGUAUGCUCCACCUGCCUUCAAUCCUAACCAGUCUACAGAUAGCACUACUGGAAACCAACCUGAGCAGGGCCUGUCUGCUUGCACAACCUCAAGUCAUUAUGCGGUCUUGGAAAGUGAUCAUCCUUACAAGCAGGCUGCUGUCACCCAGUAUAAGGUGUCCUUCCCAGACUGUGUUCGCUGGAUUACUAUCGAAUUUGACCAGCAGUGCGGAACAGCCCAGCCAGAGGAUGUGCUGAGGGUUCUCAUUCCCACCCGAACUCUGCAUUUCUCCAGUUUGAGUGUCAAAGCACUCACACACGAGACCAUAAAUGCUUGGACCGAACUCAAGAAGUUCUCUGGAUCCAAUGGCUGGCCCUGUAGUGUCCUAGUCCUGCCAGGUAAUGAGGCCCUCUUCUCCUUGGAAACAGCAUCAGAUUAUGUGAAAGAUGAAAAAGCCUGCUUCUAUGGAUUUAAAUGCGUGGCUGUGGGGUACGAGUUUAACCCUGGGUCUGAUGAGGGCAUCAUUCAGCUGGAGAAGGAACUGGCUUAUCUGGGAAGUGUUUGUGCCGCUGCGCUUAUGAAGAAGGACCUGGCUUUACCUAUAGGAAAUGAACUGGAGGAAGAUUUGGAGAUUCUUGAGGAAGCUUCACUUCAGGUCUGUAAAGCACAUUCAGGGAUUCUGGGGAAGGGACUGGCUCUGUCCCACUCUCCCACCAUUCUGGAGGCACUGGAGGGCAACCUGCCCCUGCACCUGCAAAGCAAUGAGCACUCCUUCCUGGAGGACUUCAUCACUUGUGUGCCCGGUUCAAGUGGGGGACGUCUAGCCAGAUGGCUUCAGCCCGACUCUUAUGCAGACCCUCAAAAGACAUCCCUUAUCCUCAACAAAGAUGAUAUCCGCUGCGGCUGGCCAACAACUGUCGUAGUGCAGACCAAAGACCAGUAUGGAGAUGUGGUUCAUGUGCCAAAUAUGAAAGUGGAGGUGAAGGCUGUGCCUGUCUCUCAGAAGAAAUCUAUUCAACAGGACAACAUGAAGAAGUUGCAGCGGUUCCCAGGAAGCCCCUCUAACUCAGCAUCAGGCAUGGACCUCACCUUUGGUGGCUUGCCAGCACCAAAACUGGAAGCCACUUAUGAACCCAUGAUCAUUAAGGAAGCUCGCUACAUUGCUAUCACCAUGAUGAAGGCGUAUGAGAAUUAUUCGUUUGAGGAACUGCGCUUUGCCUCACCCACUCCAAAGAGGCCUAGUGAAAACAUGCUUAUCCGGGCGAACACAGAUGGCACCUACAGUGCCAACUGGACUCCUGGUGCUGUUGGGCUUUACACCAUACAUGUCACCAUAGAUGGCAUUGAAAUUGAUGCUGGUUUAGAGGUUGAAGUAAAAGACCCACCCAAAGGCAUGAUUCCUCCUGGGACGCAGAUGAUUAAACCCAAAACUGAACCACAGCCAAGCAAGGUGCGUAAAUUUGUCGCCAAGGACAGCGCAGGGCUGCGUGUGCGUAGUCACCCAUCUCUGCAGAGCGAACAAAUAGGCAUAGUCCAAGUCAAUGGCACCAUCACUUUCAUUGACGAGAUCCACAAUGAUGAUGGUGUGUGGCUCAGACUGAAUGAUGAGACUGUAAAGAAGUAUGUUCCCAACAUGAAUGGGUACACUGAAGCCUGGUGCCUCUCUUUUAACCAGCAUCUGGGCAGAAACCUCCUGGUCCCUGUUGAUGAGGCCAGGCCCCAGUCAGAUGAGUGUAUACGGGAGACCAGUGGCCGCCCCUCCAAUGAGGCCCCCAUGCGCAGUGUGGACAGGGCUGGCCUGGGUGGCGGACCCGGUCUUUAUAAGGUAGUGAAGACGGGACCCUCGGGUCACAACAUCAGAAGCUGCCCAAACCUUAGAGGUAUCCCCAUUGGGAUGUUAGUACUGGGGAACAAAGUCAAGGCGGUAGGCGAGGUGGUUAACCCAGAAGGAACAUGGGUGCAGCUGGAUAAGAACAGUGUGGUCGAGUUCUGUGAGAGUGACGAUGGAGAGGCCUGGUCCCUAGCAAGAGACCGAGGAGGAAACCAAUAUCUGCGUCAUGACGAAGAGCAAGCUAUCCUAGAGCACGGUGCUCAGACUCCUCCCCCUAGUCCCUUCUCAGUGCAGGCCUUUAGCAGAACUAUGGGCAGUGGAGCACAAGGCUUUGAUUAUGGCAUCUCCAACAACAAAGGUGACCGCCUGAGUGCCAUACUGAAUUCCAUUCAGUCUGGGCCUUUCCUCCCAGCUCCCUCCAUAUUUGAGCAAGCCGCCAAACCUCCCUCUUCCCUUGUCCACAGCCCUUUUGUAUUUGGACAAUCCCUUUCCCAGCAGCCUCAGCCACAACCACAGCUUCUGAGUGAGCGAGGAAAUGUCACAGCUCGAUCAAUGUCUCCAGCAAGCAAACACCAUCAGGAAGGCCGCACAACUAAAGCUGACAGCCGCUCCAACCGCAUCGCUGACCAGGGCAAAAUCAAGGCCAUUGACGGCCUGUCUGCCAGCGAGGCUCUGAUCCUCAAAUCGGACACAGGCAAAUUGCGCUCCGACUCACACAGUCGCUCUCAUUCACCCAACCACAACACCCUACAGGCCCUAAAGGCUGAUGGGAAAAACUCAGGCCUCCGGUCCGAGUCUCCAAAUCCAGGUUCGCGUUCUUCUUCGCCCAAACAGAAGACGGUCAUCUCGGGCAGAUCAAGUCCCUCUAACAGCAGUUCCCCACGCUCCUCCUCUCCACAUGAUAAGAACCUGCCAAUGAAAGUCUGUCCCUCCUCAAAGGCUCAUCUAGACCCUCCUCGUGAGAGAUCCAAAUCUGACUCCUAUACUCUGGACCCUGAUGUUUUGAGAAAGAAAAAAAUACCCCUGACAGAGCCACUGAGAGGCAGGUCUACUUCUCCCAAACAGAAACACCCAUUAAAGGAGGCUAAAGGGGGAAGCAGCAAUUCUGAAAACUGUUCCCCAUCUCCUCAUGUUGUCCAGGAGAACCUCCACAGUGAAGUAAUAGAAGUAUGCUCUUCCAUUGCCCUGCUGUCCAGCGAUGAAGCCAAUGAUGAAAAUGCAGACCUGCUUAAUGCCGAAGAGGGCUCUUCCAAAGUACAUUUCAGCAUUGGAAAGGCCCCUGUCAAGGAGGAAUUAGAAAGCCGUUCCUCACCUAAAGUUAGCCGCAAGACCUCAAGCAGGCACGUGCGCCCUAAAAAGGACAAAUCGGGGCCACUCUUUAAGGGUGAGAAUGUUCGCCAUGCUGAGCCUGCCAAGCAGGCCAUGUCACCUUCCGUGGCUGAAUGUGCCCGUGCUGUUUUUGCAGCCUUCCUGUGGCAUGAGGGCAUUGUUCAUGAUGCCAUGGCCUGCUCCUCCUUCCUAAAGUUCAACCCUGAACUAACCAAAGAGCAUGCACCUAUUCGCAACUCACUCAGCUGCCAGCAGAGCCUCGAUGAGAAGGAAAGCAAGCUGAAAAACCGUCACUCACUUGAGAUCUCCUCUGCUCUCAACAUGUUUAACAUAUCACCUCAUGGUCCUGACAUCUCCAAGAUGGGCAGCAUCAAUAAGAACAAGGUUCUCUCCAUGCUUAAAGAGCCACCUUUGCCUGAGAAGUGUGAGGAUGGGAAAGGGGAUCAGGCCUCUUAUGAGGUGACCAGCCACUCUACAUUGAGGUCAAAGUCUCUCCUGCCUCUCACUCUCCAACACCUUGUAGCUUUUUGGGAGGACAUCUCUAUGGCAACUAUCAAAGCUGCCACACAGAACAUGAUCUUCCCCAGCCCUGGUUCUAGUGCGAUCCUGAAAAAGAAGGAGAGUGAGAAAGAUAGCAAGAAGGCAAAGAAGGAGAAGAAAAAGAAGGAGAAAGCAGAGGUUCGCCCCAGAGGGAACCUCUUUGGGGAAAUGGCACAGCUGGCCAUGGGAGGCCCAGAGAAAGACACAAUCUGUGAGCUGUGUGGAGAGUCUCAUCCCUACCCUGUUACCUACCACAUGAGGCAGGCCCAUCCAGGCUGUGGACGUUAUGCUGGAGGUCAAGGCUAUAAUAGCAUCGGUCACUUCUGUGGGGGAUGGGCUGGGAACUGCGGAGAUGGCGGCAUAGGAGGGAGUACCUGGUAUCUGGUUUGUGACCGCUGCAGAGAGAAGUACCUGAGAGAGAAACAAACCGCAGCUAGAGAAAAGGUAAAGCAGUCCAGGAAGAAGCCUUUGCAAGUGAAAACUCCUCGAGCACUUCCCACUAUGGAGGCGCACCAGGUGAUCCGUGCCAAUGCCCUGUUCCUGUUAUCGCUGAGCAGUGCAGCCGAACCAAGCCUCCUGUGCCACCACCCACCCAAACCAUUCCACACACACCUACCUAGCCUGAAGGAGGGAGUUUCUGAAGAGCUGCCAAAUAAAAUUGGCUGCCUGUAUCUGCAAACCCUGGCUCGUCAACAUACAGAGAAUUUUGGAGGCUACCAGGAUGAAAACCUGUUCCAGGAUGAGAUGCGCUAUUUGAGAUCAACAUCAGUCCCAGCUCCUUAUAUCUCUGUCACACCUGAUGCUUGUCCCAAUGUCUUUGAGGAACCAGAGAGUAACAUGAAGUCCAUGCCACCUAGCCUGGAGACAAGUCCCAUCACGGACAGUGACACAGCCAAACGGACAGUGUUCCAGCGCUCUUACUCCGUGGUCGCUUCCGAGUAUGACAAACAGCAUUCGUGUUCUCCAGCCCGAGUGAAGGCAGUGCCCAGACGGAGGGUACACAGUGGGGAUGCAGAAGUGGGCUCCUCCCUCCUGAGACACCCCUCUCCUGAGCUAUCUCGACUAAUCUCAGCACAUGGCUCCCUGAGUAAAGGGGAAAGGAAUUUCCAGUGGCCCGUGCUGGCCUUUGUCAUUCAGCACCAUGAUUUAGAGGGUCUUGAGGUGGCCAUGAAGCAUGCUCUGCGCAAAUCGGCUUGCAGAGUUUUUGCUAUGGAGGCAUUUAAUUGGCUGCUGUGCAAUGUGAUUCAAACCACCUCUCUCCAUGAUAUCCUCUGGCAUUUUGUGGCUUCUCUAACACCAUCUCCAUGUGAGCCUGAGGAGGAAGAAGAGGAUGAAAACAAAGGCAAUAAAGACCCUGUGGAGCAGGAGAAAGAUUUGGGGGUGUGUGAGCAUCCACUCUCUGACAUAGUCAUCGCUGGAGAGGCAGCUCACCCUCUCCCCCACACCUUCCACAGACUUCUCCAGACCAUCUCUGACCUGAUGAUGUCAUUACCUGGUGGCAGUUCCCUUCAACAAAUGGCCCUCAGGUGCUGGAGCCUCAAAUUCAAACAGUCGGACCAUCAGUUUCUGCACCAGAGUAACGUGUUCCAUCACAUCAACAACAUCCUGUCCAAAUCGGAUGAUGGCGACAGCGAAGAAAGCUUUAACAUUAGCGUGCAAUCAGGAUAUGAAGCCAUCAGCCAGGAGCUGUGUAUGGUAACCUGUUUGAAGGACUUGACCAGUGUGAUGGACAUAAAAACAUCCAGCCGGCCUGCUAUGAUUGGCAGCCUGACAGAUGGUUCUACUGAGACAUUCUGGGAGUCAGGGGACGAGGACAAGAACAAGACAAAGAGCAUCACCAUCAGCUGUGUGAAAGGCAUCAAUGCCACUUAUGUGUCUGUGCAUGUAGAUAACUCCCGUGACAUUGGAAACAAAGUCACAUCAAUUACAUUUCUCUGUGGAAAGGCAGUGGAAGACCUCUGCAGAAUCAGACAGAUUGACCUCGACUCGAGGCACAUGGGCUGGGUGACCAGCGAGCUACCUGGUGGGGACCACCAUGUGAUUAAGAUCGAGAUGAAGGGUCCUGAGAACACACUGAGGGUGAGGCAGGUUAAGGUGCUUGGCUGGAAGGAGGGCGAGACCAUCAAGAUAGCAGGGCAAAUCUCAGCCAGCAUGGCCCAGCAAAAGAACUGUGAAGCAGAAACUCUUCGUGUAUUCCGUCUCAUCACCUCACAGGUGUUUGGAAAGCUGAUUUGUGGGGAUGCCGAGCCUACUCCAGAGCAGGAGGAGAAGAACCUGCUGUCAUCUCCAGAGGGUGAAGACAAGGCACCAUCUGAUGCUGAUUUAAAGGAACACAUGGUUGGGAUCAUAUUCAGCAGGAGCAAGCUCACCAAUUUGCAGAAACAGGUAUGUGCGCACAUAGUGCAGGCGAUACGCAUGGAGGCUACGCGUGUGCGUGAGGAGUGGGAGCAUGCCAUCUCUAGUAAAGAAAAUGCCAACUCGCAGCCCAGUGAUGAUGAUGCCUCCUCAGAUGCAUACUGUUUUGAAUUGCUGUCAAUGGUCCUAGCCUUGAGUGGUUCCAACGUAGGCAGACAGUACUUGGCCCAGCAACUCACCCUGCUACAGGAUCUGUUCUCCUUACUCCAUACAGCCUCACCACGCGUGCAAAGACAGGUGACCUCACUGCUCAGACGUGUCCUUCCUGAGGUGACUCCUGUGCGCUUGGCCAGUGUAAUCGGUGUGAAGGCUUUGCCACCUGCAGAUAUCAGUGACAUCAUCCACUCAACAGAGAAAGGUGACUGGAACAAGCUGGGAAUUCUGGACAUGUUCCUGGGAUGUAUUGCCAAAGCCCUUACAGUACAACUCAAAGCCAAGGGCACCACCAUUGCUGGUAUAGCAGGCAUGGCAGCAGCCAAAGGUGUCACAACAGUUACAUUGCCCAUGAUUUUCAACUCAAGUUACAUCCGGCGAGGUGAGAGUCACUGGUGGAUGAAAGGCUCAACACCACCUCAGAUCGCUGAGAUCAUUAUCAAGCUGGUUAAGGACAUGGCUGCUGGUCAUCUCUCAGACGCCUGGUCCAGAGUAACCAAGAACGCCAUUGCUGAGACCAUUAUUGCUCUCACUAAGAUGGAGGAGGAGCACCGCUCACCAGUGCGCUGCAUUGCCACCACACGGCUCUGGCUGGCUCUUGCCUCUCUGUGUGUGCUGGAUCAAGAUCAUGUGGACCGGCUGUCCUCAGGCCGCUGGAUGGGCAAAGAUGGCCAGCAGAAACAGAUGCCUAUGUGUGACAAUCAUGACGAUGGUGAGACUGCAGCCAUCAUCUUGUGUAAUGUGUGUGGAAACCUGUGUACCGACUGUGACCGUUUUCUUCAUCUGCACCGCCGCACCCGCUCCCACCAGAGACAGGUGUUUAAGGAAGAAGAGGAAGCCAUUAAGGUUGAUCUCCAUGAAGGCUGUGGAAGAACCAAACUCUUCUGGCUUAUGGCACUGGCUGACUCGAAGACCAUGAAGGCCAUGGUGGAGUUCAGGGAGCACACAGGUAAACCUGCUUCAAGCAGUUCAGAUGCCUGCCGCUUCUGUGGCACCAGGAAUGGCACGGAGUUGUCUGCAGUGGGGAGCGUGUGCUCAGACCCAGACUGUCAGGAGUAUGCAAAGUUGGCCUGCAGUAAGACUCAUGUGUGUGGUCACCCUUGUGGCGGGGUAAAGAAUGAGGAGCUGUGCUUGCCCUGCCUGCACGGCUGUGACAAGAACACCGGCUGUCUGAAACAGGAUGCUGAUGACAUGUGCAUGAUCUGUUUCACUGAGGCUCUGUCUGCUGCUCCCGCCAUCCAGUUGGACUGCAGCCAUGUUUUCCAUCUUCAGUGUACACGUAGAGUCCUGGAAAACCGCUGGCUGGGGCCCAGGAUAACCUUUGGUUUCAUGGCCUGUCCAAUCUGUAAGAACAAAAUUAACCACUCUGUGAUCAAAGAUCUGCUGGAUCCAAUUAAAGAGCUCUAUGAAGAUGUGAGAAGAAAAGCUUUAAUGAGACUGGAAUAUGAAGGGCUGCACAAGAGUGAGGCCAUCACCAUGUCCGGGGCUCGAUUUUACAAUGACCCUGCUGGAUUUGCUAUGAAUAGAUAUGCUUACUACGUUUGCUAUAAGUGCAAAAAGGCUUAUUUUGGUGGAGAAGCACGCUGUGACGCAGAGGCAGGACAGGGAGACGAUUAUGACCCCAGUGAGCUCAUCUGUGGUGCAUGCUCAGAUGUGUCCAGGGCACAGAUGUGCUCCAAACAUGGAACAGACUUUCUUGAGUAUAAAUGCCGUUACUGCUGUUCUGUUGCGGUGUUUUUCUGCUUUGGGACCACACACUUCUGCAAUGCCUGUCAUGAUGACUUCCAGAGAAUGACCAGUAUCCCCAAAGAAGAGCUGCCUCAUUGCCCUGCUGGCCCUAAGGGUAAACAGCUGGAGGGGAGUGAGUGUCCCCUGCAUGUUGUGCAUCCUCCAACUGGGGAGGAAUUUGCACUGGGCUGUGGUGUGUGCAGAAAUGCUCAUACCUUCUAAAUUUCUGGGUCCUAUGUAAGUUGCUGUUCGAGUCCCUGUUUUAUGUGCAACGGCAGACUCCUGCUUCAGCCCAGUCUGAGAGGAAUGUCUGGAUACCUGGCUUUGAGAAAGCAGUGAUGCAGCACCGUGCUUUGAGAUUCUGCCUCUCUCUCAGCAGACCCUGAAGAACCCAGGAAAAUGUAAAACUGUGGAGAAAAAAAAAAAACCUUGUGACGUGUCUGCAUGCAGCCGUUGUAACCCUCGGCUCCCUUAAACGUUGCUCACCACCUGAUCACUGAAGUGUACCAGUUUGGAAACUGACUCUUUUUUUCUUAAUCCUGUACAGUAUUCUCUGUUGAGUGCAUUAUGGCUUAGCAGAAAAGACUUCAGUUCAGAUUAUAUAUGUGGACUGUCAAGAAUGUUAUGAUGGCAGGAAAAUAGUGUACGAUUUAUCUAAUCUUGUAUAUAAUGAUAAUAUCCAAAAUAGGUGUAUUCAGAUGUUGCUACUCUACACUUCAGUUUUGUUUAAUAUUCUGGGUUUUGUUUUGAGCCAGAACUUUUAAUGAAGUGCAAUACUGGGUGUGCCUCCUAUCUUGCAGCUGUAAACAUGGGGAAUGUAUGUCAAUAAAGCAACUGUACAUUUUUAUACAGUAAUACACGCUGCUGUGUUUUCACCUGGCAAAUAUAGCAUCAUCUGUGUGCUCAGAAAUCUUUGAUGGGCCUACAUCUGUCACGUGUGGGGGUUAACAGGAACCCUUUCAACUCUGCGAUUAUAUAAUGUGGUACAAAACCAUUUUCUGUCUUUUUAAAACCAUAAAAGGUGAGUAAGUUCUAUUAUUGUAUUGUGAAAAUAGAACACCAAAAUCUUUGGGAUGGGGCCAGUCUACACACCUAAAAAGAUUAGACAUUGUGAACCUUUUGGAAGUGUGAGAAUGUGUGCAAGUGUGAUAAACAGCUGCUGUAAAAGAAAAUAAUGCUACCUGUAAAUCUGCUCUGUAUUGUCUGUGGUGGAUAGAGUUGGGUGGUAAUAAACCAGAUCCUCUGUUCUGCAAGGUACAUUACAAA